UGCACGGGACGCCACGGAGGACGCGCGCUCGCGGCCCGGGGCGCCAGCUGCUCGAGUUCUGCUAGGUUGGCUGGCAGGCGCAGGAGGAGCGGGCUGCGCGAUCCAGAGGGGCCGCCAGGGGACCGCCGAGCCUGCUGCCGCUGGCCGAGUCGGCCUCCCCAUCCGAUUGAUCAUUUUUCCUGGACAGAGCGGCCCGGCCGCCUCGGGCCACCAGCACCUGCCCGCGUGCGGCGAUCUUCUGACUCCCGCGCUCUGCAGCCCUCUGCCCCCAUGCUCCGCGACCCCACCGCCACCCGGUGGCCGCCCCUCCUGCUGCUGUUAUUGCAGCUGCAGCCGCCGCCACUCGUCAGCGGCGCCCCAGCGGGGCCAGGAAUCGGGGCGCAGGCCUCGGAACUAGUGGUGCCCACGCGGUUGCCCGGCAGCGCGAGCGAGCUCGCCUUCUACCUGUCCGCCUUCGGCCAGGGCUUCGUGCUGCGCCUGGCGCCCGACGCCAGUUUCCUGGCGCCAGAGUUCAAAAUCGAGCGUCUCGGGGGCUCGAUCGCGGCUGCCGGGGGCGAGCCGGGGCUGCGCGGCUGUUUCUUCUCUGGCACAGUGAAUGGAGAGCGGGAGUCGCUGGCGGCGAUGAGCCUGUGUCGCGGGCUGAGCGGCUCGUUCUUGCUGGCAGGCGAGGAGUUCACCAUCCAGCCACAGGGCGCUGGGGACUCCCUGGACCAGCCGCAUCGCCUGCAGCGAUGGGGACCGGGACAGCGCCGCGAGGACCCCGGGCUCGCUGCCGCCGAGGUCUUCCCCCUCCCUCAAGGACUGGAGUGGGAGGUGGAGAUGCGUGAUGGGCAGGGACGCGAGAGAAGUGACAACGAAGAUGACUGGGAGCAGGACAAAGAGGGGUUGCGCAAAGAGACAGAAGACUCCCGAGAAGUGCCACCACCCUUCAGAUCCAAAACUAGGAGCAAGAGGUUUGUGUCCGAGGCUCGCUUCGUGGAAACACUUCUGGUGGCUGAUGCGUCCAUGGCUGCCUUCUAUGGGACCGACCUGCAGAACCACAUCCUCACAGUGAUGUCAAUGGCAGCCCGAAUCUACAAGCACCCGAGCAUCAGGAACUCCAUCAACCUUGUGGUGGUAAAAGUGUUAAUAGUGGAAGAGGAAGGAUGGGGCCCGGAAGUAUCAGACAACGGGGGACUCACACUGCGCAACUUCUGCACCUGGCAGCGGCGCUUCAACAAACCCAGCGACCGCCACCCGGAGCAUUAUGACACUGCCAUCUUGUUCACCAGACAGAACUUCUGCGGGAAGGGAGAACAAUGUGACACCCUGGGAAUGGCAGAUGUUGGCACCAUCUGUGACCCCAACAAGAGCUGCUCAGUGAUCAAGGAUGAGGGACUGCAGGCAGCCUACACCCUGGCCCAUGAACUAGGGCACGUUCUCAGCAUGCCUCAUGAUGACUCUAAGCCCUGCGUGAGAUUGUUUGGGCCCAUGGGCAAGUACCACAUGAUGGCGCCAUUUUUCAUCCACGUGAACAAGACGCUACCCUGGUCUCCCUGCAGUGCUGUCUACCUCACAGAGCUCCUGGAUGAUGGUCACGGAGACUGUCUCCUGGAUGCCCCCAGCUCGGUUCUGCCCCUCCCCACAGGCCUCCCAGGCCACAGCACCCUCUAUGAACUGGACCAGCAAUGCAAGCAGAUCUUUGGGCCUGAUUUCCGACACUGCCCCAACACCUCUGUGGAAGACAUCUGUGUCCAGCUCUGGUGCCGUCAUCGGGAUAGUGAUGAGCCCAUUUGCCACACAAAGAAUGGCAGUCUGUUCUGGGCUGAUGGUACGCCCUGUGGCCCUGGGCACCUGUGCCUGGAUGGUAGCUGUGUGCUCAAGGAGGAAGUGGAGAAUCCCAAGGCUGUGGUAGAUGGAGACUGGGGUCCCUGGGGACCUUGGGGACAAUGUUCUCGCACCUGUGGUGGAGGGAUACAGUUUUCGAACCGUGAGUGUGAUAAUCCAGCGCCUCAGAAUGGAGGAAGAUUUUGCCUGGGUGAAAGAGUCAAGUACCAAUCAUGCAACACAGAGGAAUGUCUACCAAAUGGAAAAAGCUUCAGGGAGCAGCAAUGUGAGAAAUAUAAUGCCUACAACCACACUGACCUGGAUGGGAACUUCCUGCAGUGGGUCCCCAAAUAUUCAGGAGUGUCCCCCCGAGACCGAUGCAAGCUGUUUUGCAGAGCCCGUGGAAGGAGUGAGUUCAAAGUGUUUGAGGCUAAGGUGAUCGAUGGCACUCUAUGUGGACCGGAUACUCUGUCCAUCUGCGUCCGGGGGCAAUGUGUUAAGGCUGGCUGUGACCAUGUGGUGAACUCACCUAAGAAGCUGGACAAAUGUGGGGUGUGUGGGGGCAAAGGCACUGCCUGUAGGAAGGUCUCCGGUUCUUUCACCCCCUUCAGUUAUGGCUACAAUGACAUUGUCACCAUCCCAGCUGGUGCCACAAAUAUUGAUGUGAAACAACGGAGUCACCCAGGGGUCCGGAACGAUGGCAGCUACCUGGCACUGAAGACAGCCAAUGGGCAGUACCUGCUCAAUGGCAACCUGGCCAUCUCUGCCAUAGAGCAAGACAUCUUGAUGAAGGGGACCAUCCUAAAAUACAGUGGUUCCAUGGCUACCCUGGAACGGCUGCAGAGCUUCCAGGCACUACCUGAGCCUCUUACAGUACAGCUCCUGACUGUGUCUGGUGAGGUCUUCCCUCCAAAAGUCAGAUAUACUUUCUUUGUCCCCAAUGACAUGGACUUCAACAUGCAGAAUAGCAAGGAAAGAGCAACCACCAACAUCAUUCAGUCACUGCCCUAUGCAGAGUGGGUGCUGGGGGACUGGUCUGAAUGUCCUAGCACAUGUGGAGGUAGCUGGCAGCGGCGGACUGUGGAAUGCAGGGCCCCCUCAGGUCAGGCCUCUGACACCUGUGAUGAGGCUCUGAAACCUGAGGAUGCCAAGCCCUGUGGAAGCCAGCCAUGUCCCCUCUGAUUCCCUUGGUGGAAAUGUCUUAGGCUUAUGGAUUUGGGCUACUGGCAUAACAGACAAAGGUCCCCUCUGAGGUGAUACUACAUAUCAAGAUGGCAUGGCCCUUUCAGGCCUUCUAUUACUACAACCCUUUGGGUACUGCCUAAUUCAUAAGGAAGAGAGAAGAAGGUAUAAGGGUACCAGAUUGUAAAGUUGACUGUCUAGUGGACUGGACCUUGCUUGUGACCAAGAAGACAGGAUAGGUUAAAAGGUAAAAGUGCACUUACUGAUCCAAAUGGGAGAUUUCAGAGCCAGCCUCUUCGCAAAGGACUAGCAAAGCUAAAUGAGAAAGAAGAAAUUAUUUUCUAUUUGGUUUCCCCAAUAAUCAAUCUACCUCACAGCGGGGGAAAAUCAGUAUAUAAGAGUAUAAGGCCAGGUGUUUGUAGUGAAUGCCAAAGCAAGCUCUAUAUUUAUCUCCGAGCAAUCUUCAGAAAUGACCGUGGCUGCGCUGCUUUCAAUAUUAAAAUCUGUUGUCUGAAAGGGCGACAGUGUCCAUCACAGGGUUAUAGAAAGCCACUUGUUCUCAGGCUGCCACCUGCUGGGGCGGACCCAUUUCAAGUAUUUAUGCAAGUAUGUCUCUAAACUAAAGUGUGAUCUUACACCAAUGAAAUUGUCUAGUCUGGUUCAUUACUUCUCUGGAAGAGGCAGAGACCCAACAUCCAAGACAAAGGUUAAACAUAGCUUACCUGGAGUACACACAAGGCAGCUGCUAUCUUCCCUGAGUAUCUUCAGCUUUCAGUAAAAAGGUGAUGCCUUAGAUUCUAAGAGGCCUGCUAAAUCCAGCUCAGGCAAGCAGCUGUUCAUCUGGGUGAGGCACAUCAUUGUGGUUCUCAAACCCCAGUGCCUUGUACAGGGCCUCAGUCCUACAUGAUGGCUGAGCAGACCGUGGAUCUACAUUCCCAACAACCACCAGGUGAUAUGAAGGCUGAGGUUUUAGAGACUGCAGUCCAAGAAACCUGCAUUUGAGAAAAUUCCAAAUUGUAGGUUACAUUGUUCAGUGCUCUGGGAUCCCUAUUUUUUUCAUUGAUGUUCAUUAUGUUUUCUGAUUUUAAGAGAGGAUCUCAUGUAGUCCAGGCUAACCUCAAACUCUCCAUGUAGCCAAGGGUGGUCUUGAACUUUUUGGUCCUCCUAUCUCCACCUCCCAAGUGCUGAAAUUGCAACCAUGCACCAUCAUACCUGAUUGUAUGUUUUGGAGGCAGGGACUUGUUAUUCUGGAGAAAUAGUAUCUCUCUACUCAGCAAACUGCACUAUCAGCCCUCUUAUGUGCUGACCUGCCUAAUUUAAGCAAAGAAAAAAGAAAAACAAAAAAGACAAGAGUCUUUUAAGAUCCCAGAAUUUCAUACCCUCUGCCUAGGGACCAUCACUCCAGAGACAUCCCUUCCUGCUCAACACCUGACCCCAACCACAUUUUAUCCUUAUCUUGAAACUCCUAUACUCCAGCUUCCCAAUGAGCACUUUUAACCUGGAACAGUCCUACUAUUACCCACUGGAAAUGUCCCCGAGAGCCUCUAAAAUCCAGUCUUCCUACCUCAUCUCUCUCAAGAUUCAGAAGAGUUCCCUGACUCAGUCUUCCAUAUAAGGAUUCAGUCCUUUGUCACAAAUGGAUGAGAUGAAAUGGAUAUUU